AUGUGGUCAACGAGUCCUGAUUGUGUGGAGGUUAUCAGCUCCAAAUGGGCUGUCAUUCAAGGUGGAUCUCCUAUGUUCCAAUUAGUUAAGAAACUUCAGUGUUGUAGAGAUGGGCUUAAAAAGAUCCUUGUCAAUUGUCUGAAACCAAUCCUGAAGAACUUUAUCUCUCCAAACCAAUCAGCUUUUGUUUCGGGGCGAAUGAUUCAAGACAAUAUUAUUGUGGCCCAUGAAGCCUUCCAUGCUCUCAAAUUAAAAAAAUCAGGGGUUGUUGGUAAUAUGGCUAUCAAACUUGACUUCAACAAGGCCUAUGAUCGGAUAGAAUGGGACUUUUUAGCUGCUAUUCUGCAAAAGUUGGGGUAUCACCCUAAAUGGAUUAAUUGGGUUAUGGAAUGUGUUUCUACAGUGAGCUUCUCUAUUUUUGCUAAUGGUGAAAAAAAGAGCCUCUUUUAUUCCUUCUCGAGGGCUUCGACAGGGUGA